AUGAGUUCGCUCUACAUCGGCGUGUACAAAGCCUUGUACGACUACCAAGCCCAGGCGGAGGAAGAGCUCACGAUCCAGCAGGACGACUUGCUCUACUUGCUUGAAAAACUGGACAUUGAUGACUGGUGGAAGGCGAAAAAGCGAGUCUUGCCUGCGGGGGACGAGGAAGUUGAAGAGCCAGUCGGGCUUGUGCCGGCCAAUUACAUCGAGGUGGCUCCCGUGGUGAAGAAAUGCAGAGGUCUAUACGACUACGAUAAGCAGACCGAAGAGGAGCUCAGUUUCAAAGAGAAUGAUAUGUUCAACGUAUACGAUUUAAAUGACCCCGACUGGCUUCUUGUGGGUGACGUGUCAGGCACGUUUUACGGGUUUAUCCCAGCCAACUACGUGGAGUACACUGACGAGUCGGGCGCUGGAGCUGGAUUUGGGGUUGGUACAGCAGCAGCAACGGCAGCAGCAGCUUCUACACAAGGUGCAACUCUGGCGCCACCAAGACAACCUCUUCCCAUAUCACUGUUUGCUCCUCCUCCAGUGCACAAGGACAGAACACCACAGCUGCUGGCAGAACCGGAGGAGCCUCCAAAACAACCCUCGAGACCUUCAGAACCAAGGCAAGAAGAGCCAAGGCAACCAACCAGACCAGUUGAAACUUCACGCGCAGAUGAAGACGACGACGAUGAGAUGUUCGAGGAUGCGCUUCCCCCUCCAAUGCCUUCUCGUCCCACUGGUGGAGCUGGCGUGGACUCUGGCGCAACAAGGCCUUCCAACGUUUCCCAAGAGCCUGCUACGCCUCUGCGUCAAAGAGAAACACCAGAGGAUGUUGCUCAAACACCACCGAAGGAGCACAACUUCGACGGUGAGUACUUCCGCUGGUACAUUGAUGAAGUGGAUGGCCGUAAAAAGCGUCCUGUGGUUGUGUCCGUGGGCAAUGGGUUGAUAAUACUCAAACCUAACUCGCUGAAUCCCAAAAAAUUGAGACUUCGGUCGGCUCUGAGUCUCGACAACAAUUGGAGAAUUCGUGAUUUGCAGCUGUUUUCUCACGAGAAGAAACACGUAUUCUUGAAAUUUCAAAAUCCUGAUGCUGAAAUAGAAUUGCACGCCGGUAGUAAAGAUGUUGCUGAGGCUAUCAUGGCAGUGUUGGGCGACUUGAAGGGUGCUGAAAAUCAAAAGGGAUUACGAGAAGUAGCGAGAGCUGCUCUGACGAAGACAUCCUCGACAAAUCGAAAAAUUGGCCGUCUUAUGUAUGACUUUGAGUCGCAAGGCAGCGAUGAGUUGGGUUGCCAAGAAGGAGAUGAGGUGUAUAUCUUGGACGACACCAAGUCUAAGGAGUGGUGGAUGUGUGAGCACACGUCAAGUGGCAAAAGAGGUGUUGUUCCUUCCACCUACAUCGAGAUCGUCGGUACCACAAACUUGGACAAGUUGACUGAUGGUCCCUCAAGACGCAAGUCACAAAAGUCGUCUUCAAAAGGUCGCGUCGUUGAUAAGAAGCAGAGAUACCACAGUCGUGACGAGAGAGAUAAGAUCAGAGAGAGUGACAGAGCUCGCAGAGAUAAGAGACGUAGUUCUGGUGCCGAUGACAAGAAUAUGCCUAACUAUCACCGCGUAAGAACCUGGAUCGAUAGCACUGGUUCUUUUAAAGUGGAAGCUGAAUUUUUGGGAUGUAUGGAAGGCAAGGUGCAUUUGCAUAAGACAAACGGUGUGAAGAUUGCCGUUGCUGCUACCAAGCUCUCCAUUGAAGAUUUAGAGUACGUCGAGAAAAUUACUGGCACUUCCCUUCAACAUUACAAGGACGAGGUGGCGAAACACAUUGCUAAGAGAAACAAAUCAUCAAGCAGUGGAGCCCACUCAUCCGGCGUCUCUCCUGCAAAAUCUUCAGCAGUUGCUGCCAUCAAUGAUGUCGCACCACCGCAGCCCUCGAGACCAAAAGCGACAACGGCAGUCUCCCAAAGUGAACCAGACUACGAUUGGUUUGACUUUUUCCUCACAUGUGGUGUAGAUAUUGGGAAUUGUCAACGUUAUUCGAUCAAUUUUUCUCGUGAGCAAAUGGACGAAUCCAUUCUUGAGGAUAUCACGCCUUCCUUGUUACGCUCUCUUGGUUUGAGAGAAGGUGACAUUUUGAGGGUGAUGAAACACUUGGACAAUAAGUUUGGAAGACAAAAGACCGGUGACGCACCUGCCUCAACUGGUGGUCUCUUCACCGAGUCUAGUGGCGCAUUGAAGAAUAAUAGUUCCACUGAGAUCUCAAAAGUUGAUGCGAGUGCAUUGCCUGCUCCUUCCCCACAUAAGGAGAAAGAAGAAACCGUUAGUAAUAAAGCUGGUAAUAAGUUUGAGGAUGAUGCAUGGGCCGUCAAGCCUGCUGCUCGUUCGAAUGAAGACUUCACUCAGUCGCUAACACCCUCCAAACCUCAAUACACGGGCUCUUUGCAGGACCUUGUUGACAUCAAGCCUUUGGAGGCUAAUAAACCUCCACAGACUCCAUCAAAAGACACACCCUCGUCACUUCCAUCUGCUCCUGCCUUAACGCCAACCAAGACAAGUUCAACUCCAGAUCAAGCAAGUUCAGGUCUGCAGGCGCAACAAACUGGAGCACAACCCCCCAACCUUGUUCCUCUUCAAAAGACUGGCGGCCAAGCUCCUCUUGUUCUUGUAAGAACCGGUGGUCCAUUCGUACCCAUGCAAACUGGCGGUUUGAUGACUGCUCAGCCAACAGGAUUCAUGCCAAUCACAGCUCAGCCCACAGGCUUCGUAUCGAUCCAACCAACUGGUGGUUUGGUGCCAUUUCAAACUGGACAGUUCCAGCAGCUUCGUCCAGCACCGCCUCCACCAACUACAUUCAACCAAAUUCCAUUGCAACCAACGAGUUCAUUUGUGCCCUUGCAGCCAGGGAAUGUGACCAUGCCGCAAACUUCUUUUGGUCAGCAAGCCACUGGACAGCAGCCCCAAACGACUUUUGGUCAACAGCCUACGGGUCAGAACAUUGGACAACCACAAACUACUUUUGGCCAGCAGCCAACAGGAGGUCAACCUCAAACUUCGUUCAGCCAACAGCUCACUGGAGGCUUCAACACGCAACCACAGAAUGUGUUCAAUCAGCAGCUGCAACCACAGACGUCUUUCGGCCAGCCUCAGACGACUUUUGGUCAGCCACAGCCACAGACUACUUUUGGUCAGCAGCCCACGGGUGGUAUGUUGACCUCGCAGAGCACAGGGGGAUUGAACAAGUUUGUUCCUCAGUCUACCUUCGGUAAGCAAAUAACUGGUGGAGUAAUGCCUCAAACGUCUUUUGGCAAUCAAGUAACGGGAGGUGCCAUGCCCACCACCUCUUUUGGUGCGCAGUCGCCUGCUGGAGGGCUUCCUCCCACCUCAUUCGGGAACCAGCCAUCUGGUGGAUUUCCUCCAACCACUUUUGGCAACGCUUCAACGGGAGGCAUGAUGCCACAAACACUGUUUGGAAUGCAAGCACAGCCGCAAUUCCAGCAGCAGCCUCAAUCGUUUGGUACAUUUGGACAGCAGCUGCAGCAGCCUCCCCAAAGCUUCAAUGCUAAUAUGAACCAAAUGACCAACAUGUUCCAAAACACGUCGAUCGGGGGCACCUUCCAGCCCCAGCAGCCCCAGCAGCAGCCACCAACUACAUUUGGUCAAAGUUUUGCCCUGAACCAGUUUGAAGGUUUUGGCGAGCAGCCCUUGCAGUCGCAGCCAACUGGACUUGGUUUUGGCAAUGCUCCCUUACAGUCGCAGCAGACAGGAAGGAGGGCCAAUUUGCAAGCUGCCACCGCCGACAACCCAUUUGGCUUCUGA